AUGUCUCUGUGUCUCUCCAUUCACCUCCUGGAAAGAAGGCCGGCCCCCCCCGGGCCCAACGGACCCCCCGGCCCUCCCGGACCCCCCGGACCCCAGGGGCCCCCCGGGAUCCCCGGGAUUCCCGGGAUCCCGGGAACCACCGUCAUGGGGCCCCCCGGGCCCCCUGGCCCGCCCGGCCCGCAGGGACCCCCGGGGCUGCAGGGACCCUCAGGGGCCGCCGACAAGGCCGGAGCCCGAGAAGCCCAGCCGGCCGUGGUCCAUCUCCAGGGGCAAGGGGCCGCCAUUCAAGUCAAGAAUGGAGGCAUCCUCAACGACUGGGCCCGGGUCACCCUGAACCCCAAGGUGUUCAAACUGCACCCCCGAAGCGGGGAAUUGGAGGUGCUGGUCGAAGGUGCCUAUUUCAUCUAUAGUCAGGUGUACUACAUCAACUUCACGGACUUUGCCAGCUACGAGGUGGUGGUGGACGAGAAGCCGUUCCUCCAGUGCACCCGGAGCAUCGAGCCGGGCAAGACCAACUUCAACACGUGCUACACGGCGGGCGUGUGCCUGCUGCGGGCCCGCCAGAAGAUCGCCGUCAAGAUGGUGCACGCCGACAUCUCCAUCAACAUGAGCCGGCACACCACCUUCUUCGGCGCCGUCCGGCUGGGCGAAGCCCCCGCGGCCUAGGGGACCCGGGCUCGGACCCCCGUUGCCCAGCGGUCGGGGACCCGCGAGGCCCGGCCGGCCCUCGCCCGCCGAGGGGUCGACGACGGAGCCGGAGAGA